AUGGAAUUACCAAGAGAAGUUAUUAAAUGGUUGCAUCAUUUAAAUAUAUCCUAUUCACUUAGAAAUAUUAAAAGUGCUAGUAAUGGUAUAAUUAUUGCUGAAAUAUUGAAUAUAUAUAUGCCUCAGAGCAUUCAUAUGAAUAGCUUAGAGAAUGGAUUCAGUAAAGAAAUAAAAAGAAAAAAUUGGAUAAUCAUAAAAAAAGUUUUAACACAUUUGAAUGUACACUAUGACGAAACAGCUAUAAUUAAUUCUGAAAAGAAUGAAAUUGUUAAACUCUUUAUUCAAUUAUACCAAUAUUUCAAUGAAAAUAAAGCAAAAUAUGAAUGCAUCUAUACAAAUGAAGAAGAAAAUAAAAAAUAUAUUCCGUCAUUUGCUAGACCUACAAUAACUCAGAAAAUUAGGGAGAGUAAUAUUCAUGAUAUAAUUGAUGAAGAUAAAAAACAUACGAGUGCAUAUGAAUUAGCUAAACAAGAAGAAUAUAAUGCUGCUCUUCAAAAAGAAAAAGAAAAAGAGGAAAAAGAAAACAAGGACAAGCAAAGGAAUAAAAAAAAUGAUCAAAAUGAAACUUAUCUAUAUAAUGAUAUUGAAAAAAGUUGUAGUAUCAUAACAAUAAAUGAUAAUAGCGAUUAUCCUGAUUAUACUGAUAUAAAAACUCUUGAUUCCUUUAUCAAAGAUAAAAACAAUUUAAAAACCCUAACAAUGAAAAGUGUCAAGCUAUUUAAUGAACAGGAAAAUAGAAAAGUCCCUGGAAAAUCUACCCAAGAUGAGAAAAUAACUGAUAUUAUAUAUAACGUAUUGAAUGAUUAUAUAGCUGACUAUGAAUGUGAAACGUUUCACAAAUCAGAUUUCAUUACUUCCAUUUAUAAGAUGAAUAAAUUUUAUAAAACCUUUAAAUAUGAAGAAUAUAAUAAUUCAAAAGUUAUAAAUAAUUUAUAUGAAAAGUUUUAUAUCAUAUGUUCCUUAAAAGAAUAUGAACUUAUAAGGAGCAUAUUAGAUGAUUUACAACUUUUCAAUGAAAACAUAUCUAUGAUUAUAUCAUUAAAUGGUUAUGAAUUUUUCCAUAUAUGGAAAUUAUUUUAUCCAGUCCUGAGUAAUCCUUCAUGUGAUAAGGAAAUUUUUAAUCUCAUCAUGACGUAUUUAAAACAAUUUCUGAGUUAUCUAAGAAUAAACGAUAUGACAACAAAUGAUAUUCUUUGUAAUAUUAUAUUAAGAAGUCUUAUUCUUAUUCAUUACGAUGAAAAUAAAGAUAUAUCAUGUUUUUGUGAAUUAAUCAUUAUGAUAAUAAAUAACGAUAUAAAUUAUUUCAUGAAUAUUUUGAACAUGAUUAAAAAUAUGAUGUCUUUUGAUUUCUUCUAUCUUUUUUUAACAACUCUUUUAAAUAACUCCCCAAGUUCUUUCAUAUAUAAUAAAGAUGUUAAAGAUAUUUAUCUUUAUUAUAUAUUUAUUGGAUUGCAUACAAAUAAAAAGAACAUCAUGUUGCUUACAUUAAAUAUAUUGAAUAUGCUUAGUCAACAUGAUAACUAUUAUGAAAUCAUUUAUUUAUCUGGAUUGUUCCUUAAAUUGCUAGAAUUAAGAAAUAUACAUUAUGACAUAUUUCUGUUUGUUAUAUGCUCAAAUAUGAUAUCUAUGAUAACUGAACAUAAAAAACAAAAUGAAUUCAGCAUUGAAGUAAAACAAUUAUAUCAAGUUUGUUCUUUAUUAUUAAAAAGAACUAAAAAUAAGAACCUAUUAUAUUUAUUCUUUUUAUACUCUCAUCAAUUAAUAGAUAAAGAUGAGCAAUAUUGUAAUUUAUUUAUGGAGACAUAUGGACAAGUAAGCGAAGAAGAACAUAAAGUAUUUUUUUCUUCAAAUGUUUUAGAUGAAUAUUUUAGAAACUUCUACAAAUAUAAAAUUAUGAAGAAAUAUUUUCAUAAUAUAUUAAAUGAGAAUAUAAAUAUAUUAAACGAAAGAUUUAAUGCGGCUGAUAAAUGGAAAGAAACAACUUCUUUGAAUAUAUUAAAGAACUUUAUUAUAUAUAAAAAAGAUAUGAAAUUAUUUAAUUAUAUCGCCAUAUACAAUAAUAUUUUUGAGAAUAUGAUACAAAACAUCUUUUCAGAAAAUCAUAUAUUUUUCGAAAUAUCAAAGGAUGUGCUAAAUUUUUAUUGGUUUUCAUCUAAUGAAGAAUUAAAAAAACAAUCUUUCGAAACAUCUAUGAAUUAUUUAAAAGAUAUUUAUGCUUCAAAUAGAAAUAGUAUAUAUCCCCAUACAAUAAGAUAUAUUGAAAAAUUAGUAAAGGAUACUUAUAUCAAGAGACAUAAUAUUUUUAUAUAA